AUGGAGACAGUACAUGACUUCGAUACCAUUGACGUGAAAUUGGAUGAGUUUUUCAAACACAAACAAAGAAGUCGAUGCAAAGAUGAGUUCCUAAAUACUCUCACAGACGAAGCGCUUGACGAAUGCACCAUACCUGAGAUAAACCUAAAUGAUUUUGAAGGAAUGUCAGAAGAUGAAGCACCGCAGGACAAGCAGAGUGAUAGUGAAGGUGACGAUGAAGACAAAUUGCAGUUUCAAUACUCAACCAUGAUCCGAAGGAGUUAUCCAAUUAGGUUCAAGAAAUGUGAUAGUGUAAGGCUCGUGGCUGUAUGUGCAAGUGAUCGUGAGAAAUUUCAAUGUCCCUUUGUUGUAAGGGACUCAUGGAUGAGCACUGAAAGAUCAUUCCAAAUCAAAAAAAUGGUUGAGAAACAUACCUGUGUUAGGAAUUUCCGUAGUGCUAAUCUUAUGGAUCCCACAUGGAUAGCUAGGCAGUUUCUGAAGGAGAUGAUUAGGAAACCAAAUCUGAAAUCUAAGGAAAUGCAAGCUAUUAUUCAAAGCAGAUUCCAUUGCAAGGGUCUUUUGGAAGCUGUAAAGGUUGUAUUGCCACGUGUGGAGCACAGACAAUGUGCAAGACAUGUGUAUGCAAAUUUCAGAAAGGUCUUCAGUGGUAUAGAGUUCAAGAAUAUGUUUUGGAUAAUUGCCAGGUCAACUGUUGAAGGGGACUUCAAAUUGAAUAUGGAGAAGAUCAAAGAAGUCAAUCCUGCUGCUUAUGAUCAUUUGAUGGCAAGGGAGACUAAAUCUUGGUGCAUGGAAUUUUUUAAAGGUGGAAUGGCAUGUGAGGCUGUUGAAAAUGGAAUGGCAGAGUGUUUUAAUGCCAUCAUACUUGAUGCCAGAAAGAAGCCUUUGUUGGCCAUGCUUGAGGAGAUUAGACUAUAUAUGAUGGAAAGGUUAUUUAACUUGAAGCAAGAAGCACGUAAAUGGGUGAAUAAUGUGUGUCCUGGAGCUAUUAAGAAAAUGGAUGAGUUUGCUUUUGAUAUCAAGACUUGGUUUGUUCAUCCUAGUGGUUUGAAUGCUUUUGAAGUGAGAAAUGGCUUCCACUCAUAUGGAGUGAACUUAGAAGGGAUGUACUGUACAUGCAGACUUUGGGAGUUAUCUGCGAUCCCCUGUGUCCAUGCCCAAGCAACCAUAAUUUACACAUAA